AUGAGUCUAAAAAGGCUCUUUGAAUCCCUAGGAUGGGAUGUGGGCCCAUCAUCAUGUUCCACUGGGCUCAAGAAAGAACACUUUGAUGGUGAAGUUGUUGGGCAGCAGGUGAGGUCAGAUGCGGGCCAUAACAAGCCUAGUGUUGGUGGAAUGGGUGGCCCGAAGGAGGGCGGGUUGUAUUCAGAAGUGAGGUGGACAGAUGAGGAGAUCAAGAAAAUGAACGAACUGGAGACUGCAAACCGCAAGGGGAAGGCUUUUGUGGAUAGCUGGGAUGAUAUAAUGGAUGAAACGACUGUUUUGAUGAAGCAGGUGAGGGAGCCUAGGGCCAGGGGAUCGUACUUGAAGGAUUCAGAGAAAGCAGAGAUGUACAAGAAGCACAAGGAGAAUCCAGAAGUUUACACAGUGGAAAGGCUGGCAAAGGAAUACAGAAUCAUGAGGCAGCGAGUGCAUGCAAUUUUGUGGCUGAAGGAGCUUGAGGAGGAAGAGGAGAAGAAACUCGGGUACCCAUUGGAUGAUUCUGUCGAGCAAUUGCUUCAUACUUGUCCCGAGUAA